UGUAGUGUUGCGGCCGGCGCCUCAGGAUGAACGGACUGAAGCCUCCAGAGCCAGCUCCCAAGGCAUUCGACGAUGAAGAUGGAGUUGUGGUAAGCACAAUAGAGGCCGAAAGCCUGCGAGAAUUCUCAAGGACGCCUCGGCCGUAUCGACAGCGAGGCGACACUAUAUCUCAGGAGCCAAAAUAUGCCGGAUCUGACGGCACCACGGCGAGGGACAAUUCAAACACCAUUGGAACAGAGAAUGCACAAUCAGAGUGGCAAGAGUGGCAGCGAGAUAGCGGACAGGUGUCCAUAUCUGGCAGCGAAAGUGGAACCGAAGCCGAUGAUGAGAGACCAAGCUUCGUAAAGGCACUGCCAUCGAGCACUGUCCGGCCCAGGAAAGGUCUGAAGACUGGAGAGCAAGACGAAGAUGCUUUGCUCACGCCGAGCCAGUUGGACGAUCGCGAAAGAGAGCUUCGAGGCUACUUCUCUGAGCUAGCUAGCGAAAAGCCCACGAGUGAUGCGCAAAAGGAGAAAGACGAUCGCGAAAAGUUGCAAAGACGACGCUGGGCAGAGUUUGUGAGAAGAGUCUCGGAAGUCGUACUUAUGGGUGUGAUAAUGGUUGCUGUGCUGAGCGGCAAGGGCGUCGGGAGAAUGGCAUGGAUAUGGCGGCGAGAGUUGCUGAGCCAUGUGCUCACCAUCAUGGCACUCGUUCUGUCAUAUCCUGUCAAACUGUCGGUGGUGGACACGGCAGCAACACACACAAGCCUGUGGCAGCGCUUCCGAGUGCCAGCAUCAUUCGACCCAGCUACAGUCUUGUAUCCGCCGCUCCUGCCUGUUCUGGUCGCUCUGUCAGUGGCUCCUUCCAAUCCCGCUGUCAUCCUGCCCAACAUUAUUCUUGGACUUGCCUCCUUGCCGCAAAGACUGUUUCCGCGCUCGAGCCGUUUCGGAGGCUACAAUCCCGUGCACUGGAUGCUGACUAUCAUACCACUCAUUGUUUCAGAAAAUACGGAAUGGCCUGACAAGAAGAGUCCGCCGCUUCCUUACUCUCUCAAGACUCCAAAUGGCCUUUCGCCAGAAACGCUGGUCUCGCUCUAUCCGCUGCAUCAUGCGCUCAUACAGCCGUUGUCGUACCUGACCUCUACCAGCCUGCUGAUCUCAGAAUUGCAUCUUCUGUCGGCAGCACUGAUCAACCUCCUUCUCCUCGUCUCGUCGCCGCAAGCGGUCAUACUCAAGUCAUGUCUAUGGAUAGGCGGUAUUCCUCUAUUCGUCUUGUGCAGGCCUGUCUUGCAUUGGAACGUCACUUUGGCUAGGAUACCAAAGUGGAAGCUCCGACGACCAGGUCACACAGCAGAGGAGCGCAAGUCAUUGGUGGAUGCCGUGUCAGAUCUCAUUCACUUACAGCGAGCCGCUGGGGCUUUCAGCGCCCACAAAAGUGAUAGCGACGCAGACGAAGACAUGCCAAGCAAGCCAAUCAAGCGACAGACAAAUGGUAGACCUACUCGAAAUGCUUCUCAGCUGGUUAUCCCUACGUUCAAGACCAAUCUGUUCAAGACAGCGUCUAAUGCGGAAUUUUCUCAGCACACUUGUGCCUCGGAAAAGAUCGAUGUAGUCCCACGGCCACGGCCAAGACGAAAUACCGUACCUGAACGAGGGUCACCUACGACCAACGACGCCAGCACAAGACAAGUCAGUGGAAGUCGCAGAAGAAUCAAAUCAUCUAACCUGCUAUGGUGCCUGCAGCUCACACCGGACCAAGCAUGGAGGCGGAAAUGGCUCUAUGCUGGGAUUGUGUAUUUGUCUAUCGUCUCAAUCAUCUUUGUGCUCGUCAGGUGGUAUGUCUCGGCCAGAGCAUUGUUCCACCUCGAGCCUGUUGGCUGGGCGGUUGGCUACCUCUUUGGACAGCUACCAUGGCUACAUUCGACAAUCAUUGACCUGAAACUGGACUUCUGGGUACCCUUGCCGGAACUACCUGACCUCAAUAUCGCCAAAUUCUCGCUCGCCGUGCCAGUUUACCUCGACGACCUUCGAGCCACAACGAUUGGGUCCGCCAAUUUUCGGCUAUUCCUCAUCGCGUACUGGGUGCUGGUCCUCCUCCUAGGCCUGCUCACGGUCUUCUCGCUCACAGCAUUCGUGGAAGUCGACACCCGCCGGAAAGUCUUCCAUGGUGUUAUGGUUGCCAUGUUCGUACCAACAGCGUUCGUUGAUCCUUGCUUCUGCGCUCUGGCCCUCGCACUAGUUUUGGCAAUCUUCCUCAUCCUCGAAGUCAUCCGCGCAGGCCAAGUGCCACCCAUCGGGAAUGCAAUCGGACGGUUCGUGGCACCCUAUGUCGACGGCAGAGAUCUUCGCGGUCCGGUCGUUGUCAGCCACAUAUUCCUCCUUAUCGGCUGCGCAGUACCGCUAUGGUUCAGCUUGGCUUCCAUUCCACGAGCCGGCGAUCUUCCGUGGCGGGAAUGGGAGCUUGCGGACAACAAACGAGAAGUCGCUAUGGUUUCCGGCGUCAUUUGCGUUGGUAUGGGUGAUGCAGCAGCUUCUCUCAUUGGCAGAAGAUACGGUCGCAGAAAGUGGAUCUGGGUUGGAGGAAAGUCGCUUGAAGGCUCUGCUGCUUUUGUCGUGGCCGUCACCAUAGGUCUCAUGGCUGCCCGGGCAUGGCAGUUCUUUGGAGGCUGGAAUGACGCGAACCAAACUUCUUAUUUCGGGGAGGCGAACUGGACUCAUUUCAUUUUGGACUGGAUGUGGGCUUUCAUCAAAGCUGUCUUUUGCGCUUGCGGAGCGAGCUUCAUGGAAGCCGUUUUGACAGGUGCCAAUGACAAUGUUGUUGUGCCCGUGGCGUUAUGGUUGCUUGUCAAAGGUGUAAGACUCUGACGUGGGCGCGGAAAACGGAACAUUGUGUUGUCUAGCGAGGAGUUUGGGGGAAUUGUGACGAUGCGUGGAGGACGUUUGUCUACCGAUGACUAUCUACUGUGUCCGUGACAGGACAGACUUCUCGAUCAAUCGACAGAAUUUCUAUUGCGUCAGAUCAUUGAUCGAGAGCUCCACCACAGCCACGAGCGCGACGUUUCAAAAGC